AUGUUUCCGUGCAGCGCGCUGCCGCCUCCUCUCUACCCGGGCUUGCUGCCUCCUCCCCCGGGCUUCUCCUCUCCGCUGGCCCGCUCCCUGCGCUCCGGCUUCCUGGUGGAGGACCUGCUCCGGCUGAGCCAGCCCGGGUCCUACCUGCACCGGGGUCUGUCCUCCAGGGGCCCCGGGGACCUGCUGCACCGGGGCCCGUCCUCCAGGGGCCCCGGGGACCUGCUGCACCGGGGCCCCCCCGGGUCCAUGCAGACCUCCUGCCCGGACUCCGGGUUCCUCAAGUUCGGCGUCAAUGCGAUCCUGGCCCCGUCCACACGGAGCGUUCAGAGUUUCCAGAAGUCGUUUCCUUUACCUUUCUUUGACGGAGGUCUGCAUCCGUUCAUCAGAGCCACUUAUCUCACAGCCUCCUCCUCCGUGAUCCCCGUCCCGGGAACCUUCUCCUGGCCCCUGCCCCCCCGAGGGAAGCCCAGGAGGGGCAUGCUGCGGCGGGCCGUGUUCUCCGACCUCCAGAGGAAGGCGCUAGAGAGAACCUUCCAGAAACAGAAAUACAUCAGCAAACCAGACCGGAAGAAACUCGCCGGUAAACUGGGCCUCAAGGACUCGCAGGUGAAGAUCUGGUUUCAGAACCGCAGGAUGAAAUGGAGAAACUCGAAGGAGCGAGAGCUGCUGUCGACCGGCGGCUGCCGCCAGCAGACCCUCCCCACCAAGACCAACCCCCACCCCGACCUCACCGACGUGGGCAGCGCCACCUGCUGCCACCGGAUCGACAGGACCCCCCCCGACAGCCAGGACUCACACCUGCACCACCACAGUCUUCGUCGUAAUCAUCACCUUCUUCAUCAUCAUCACAGCCCCUCGUCUCCGUCGGAGUCCAGCAAACAGUCGGAGCUCUCGGAGUCGGACGGGGAAGAGAUCAACGUCUCGUAA